AUGGUUGCGGGUUGGAGACACUUUUUCCCGCAUUUGAGAAUUCUUCCAGAAGAUAUUGGCGAUAUUGUCAAUUCAGAACAAGAUACGGACGAGAAUGAUAUGGUUGUUUCAGUCAGCAAUGAUAGCAGUGAUAGUAUAGAACAUGUAAAUAAAGAUCAGGUCUCUUCUAAAAUUGUUGAUCUUGGCUAUAAAACAAUUACCUUGGAUUUCAAUGGCCAUUCGCUACAGGAUCAAUGUGUGGAUCAUUAUCAAUUAGCUACACAACGCUACAAUCAGUUGGAAAAGGAUAUGCCAUAUGAAUUAAGAGAUGAAGCAAAUAGACCUUGGUGGAAGUUUUUCGAUGAAUUCGAGUACCGUGUUAACAAACAAUAUAGAGAAUCCCGUAAAUGGUACGAAUUCUUGUAUCCAAGUCACACAACAAAGAACCCUGCAGAACGGAGAUUACUUUAUAAAUUAGAUUUGAUUAUCACAUUCUAUUUCUUCAUGUUAUCUUGGUCUAACUCUGUUGAACUAAACAAUUUUACAAGUGCCUAUGUGUCUAACAUGAGAGAAGACUUAAAGAUGAAGGGUAAUGAUUAUAUCAACACUUUGACUAUUGCUAAUAUAGGUUCAAUUGUGUUUCAGUUACCAUUCAUGUAUCUUUUACCAAGAUUUCCUCCACACAUAUUGUUACCGGCUAUGGAUUUAGGUUGGACAAGUUUUACAUUCGCUUGCUACAGAGCUAAAUCUCUUCCUGAACUUCAAGCGUACAGAUUUCUUCUAAAUGCAUUUGGUGCUGCUUAUUAUCCUGUGUCUCAAUAUAUUAUGGGAUGUUGGUAUGCACCUGAUGAAUUGAGUUCGCGUGUAUGUCUUUUCUUUUGUGGUAACCUUCUAGGUGGUAUUACUUCUGGUCUUUUACAAAGUAGAAUAUUUUCGUCUCUAAAUGGAAGAAAUGGGUUAGCAGGUUGGCGGUGGAUGUUUUUGAUCGACUCAAUAGCUAUAUCAUUGCCUACCGUUAUAAUUGGGUUUUUUGUUAUACCAGGAGUCCCAUCUAAAUGCUAUUCGUUAUUUUUAACGGAUGAUGAGAUUAGGUUAGCUAGAAUUAGAAAUAAAAGAAACCAAAUCAAAGAUGGAGCAAGUACUCAUAGUUUGAAACCUUUAUGGAAUAAAAGUAUAUGGAAAGCAAUUUUCUGUAACCCUACAUUCUGGGUUCUUUGUGUUUUUGAUAUGUGUUCGUGGAACAACAUGACGGCAUUUAGUGGAUCUUAUGCUUUAUGGUUGAAAUCAAAUUCAAACUAUUCCAUUGUCCAAGUUAACAAUUUGUGUGUUUUACCUGCCUGUUUGGGUUUUAUAUAUGUGUUUUUAUGUUCAUUUGGAGCAGAUUUGUUUCAUUCCAAAUGGUUCUUCAUGGUCUUUGCCGCGAUUAUGAAUACAAUAUCCUGUUCAAUUCUAGUUAAAUGGGAUGUUUCAUCUUCCGCUAAAUGGUAUGCAUUUUUAACCACAUAUUUCAGUGUAUCUGCAUCUCCAUGUCUGUGGUCAUUUAUAAACGAUUUCUUAAGAUUCGAUCCUCAGAUUAAAGCGGUUACAUGGAUCGCGAUAUACUCCAUUUCACAAUCUACUUAUGCAUGGAUCCCUAAACUAGCAUGGCCCACUGUGGAAUCACCUAGAUUCAAGACAGGAUAUACUACGUCAUUAAUAUUUGGCACAAUAUAUGGGUUGUGGACCUUUGUUGUAUUAUAUCUAUAUAAAAAGAAUGAAAGAAAACAUGCGUUGGGAAAUGGCAUUAUCCUAUAUGAUAGUAGUAAACCAAAUGAAGAAGGUAAAAUUCCUGAUUUUGUGGAAAGAGAUUUAGAACAAAGAGAAGAUGGAUAUUAUUAUGUAAAGCAAUGA